GUACUUCAGUACAAACUUUGAAUUGGUGGAAAUCGCACCAAAACGAACAUAACCUCAACGUGGAGUUAAAUUGAACGCAUUUAUAAUAUCAACAAAUUGUUUUAAGUAGAAAAAUGGAUAUGAAAUAUAUUUUGGUGACUGGCGGUGUGAUAAGCGGAGUUGGAAAAGGAGUUAUUUCGAGUUCGUUCGGAACGAUUUUAAAAUCUUGUGGUAUCGAGGUGACAUCAAUAAAAAUUGACCCUUAUAUCAAUUUAGAUGCGGGCACAUUCUCCCCGUACGAACACGGUGAAGUAUACGUUUUGGAUGAUGGUGGUGAAGUUGAUUUAGAUUUGGGCAAUUAUGAGAGGUUUUUGGACAUCACCUUGCAUCGAGAUAAUAACAUAACAACCGGAAAAAUUUAUAAAAUGGUUAUUGAUAGAGAACGACAGGGUGAUUAUCUUGGAAAAACUGUUCAAGUUGUGCCUCAUAUAACAGACGCAAUACAAGAAUGGGUUGAAAGGGUUGCUCGUAUUCCCGUCUCUGAUUCUGGAGAAAUCCCAAAAGUUUGCAUUAUCGAAUUGGGGGGUACGAUUGGCGAUAUUGAAAGUAUGGCUUUCGUGGAGGCUUUUAGACAGUUUCAAUUUCGCGUGAGAAAAGAAAAUUUUUGUGUUGCUCACGUUUCUUUAGUACCACAACCAAAAGCUACCGGAGAACACAAAACAAAACCUACUCAAGCCUCUGUAAGGGAAUUACGAGGACUUGGAUUAAGUCCUGACAUCAUUGUUUGCAGAUCUGAAAAACCAAUUGAUAAUAAUGUUAAGGAUAAAAUAUCAAAUUUCUGUCAUGUUUCACCAGAACAGGUUUUAUGUAUACCAGAUUUAUCAUCAAUUUAUAAAGUUCCAAUUUUCAUGGAAACAUAUGGUUUAAUUCAAUAUUUAAACGACCGUUUAAAAUUAUCAUUAAACCCAUUACUUAAUAACCGCAAAUUUAUGAAACAAUGGGUUGAAUUAUCAGAUAAAAUCGAUAAUUUGCGACACACUGUUGAAAUAGCCCUCGUUGGGAAAUACACAUUACUUGAAGAUUCAUAUACUUCCGUUACGAAAGCACUUCAACACGCCGCUAAUCACUUAGGUUAUAAAGUAAACAUAACCUUUAUAGAUGCUUCGAAAUUAGAACAGCAAUCAGAACGCGAUACUCCAGUUAGUUUCCACGAAGCUUGGUACCAAGUUUGUAAAUCUCAAGGAGUUGUCGUUCCCGGUGGAUUUGGAAACCGCGGUGUCGAAGGAAAAAUAGCCGUUUCAAAAUGGUGCAGAGAACAUUCCAUUCCUUUAUUAGGGAUUUGCCUUGGUUUCCAAACGGCUGUCAUUGAGUUUGCUCGAAACGUUCUUAAAUUGGAUAAUUCAAAUUCCGACGAAUUUGCUAAAGGUGUUCAACAUCCAGUUAUUAUUGAUAUGCCAGAACAUAAUCCCGGGGCUAUGGGUGGCACUAUGAGACUUGGAAAACAUACCACAGUUUUUAAAGAUUCUGCUGCAACCAGUAAAAUGAUGCGUUUAUAUGGUAGAAAAAAACAAAUUGAAGAGAGACAUCGACAUCGUUACGAAGUGAAUCCUAAGUAUAUAAAAAUGUUUGAAGAGGGUGGUUUACAAUUUGUUGGGGUUGAUUCACGUGCUGAACGAAUGGAAAUUUUUGAAUUAUCCGAUCAAAUGCACCCUUAUUAUGUCGGCGUUCAAUAUCAUCCGGAAUAUUUAUCAAGACCUCUUAAACCUUCCCCACCAUUUAUAGGCUUAAUUUUAGCAUCUGUUAAUAAAUUACGAUUAUAUCUUGCAAAAGAAUGCGAUGUUACGCAACUGGAUGUGUGUAACGAUUUAGAUUCUCAUGAAAUGCAAUCACCGAGACUUAUGCAGGUUCCUUUAAUGCAAAUCGAUGAUGAUUACGAAAAUAGUAGCGGAUAUAGUAGUGAACCUCUUAGUGUUUCUUUAGAUAGUACUUUAAGGCUAAAUUAAGAAUUUCUAUUUUUUUAUACAUUUUUUUUGAGUUUAAUUUUAAAUAUAAUUAAUAAAUUUUUUCGU